UCAAAACAUAAAUUAAAUGGAAAAACCAACAAAAAUGGCAUCCAAACAACAACCUGUUCAAUUCCUUCUCCUUUCCUCAAGCUUUCUCUUCCAUCUAUGGCGGUUUCUCCUCAUUCUUUUCCACCGAGGAAGCGCCGGCCGUCGGCGGCGGCAUUCGUCUCCCCAAAUUUCUCCGCACAAGCUCUCCUCGACUCGCUUCUCUCUCUCUGCCAAGAAAUCUCCGCCAUGAAACCGCUUCACUUCCUUCUCAACCGCUACUCCAACUCCAUGAUUCGAAAAUCGCGAUUGCUCGAGGUUAUUCUCGAGGAUUUCCGCCGCGAUCGGAUUGUUUCUCUUUCGGCCUCUGCCUCGCUCUGUCUCGAAGAAAUGUAUAUCGUUUUGCAGAGAAUCAAGACCUUGAUUGAAGACUGUUCUAAUGGAAGCAAGAUGUGGCUACUUACACAGAACGAAUCUAUUGCUAAUAAUUUUCAUGAACUCACCUUGGAUUUAUCGACUCUUCUUGAUAUUUUUCCUGUGAAGGACGCUGGAUUAACGGAAGACGUUGAGGAAUUGUUCUAUCUCUUGAGAAAUCAUUGCUCCGAAUCCUCCGCCUUCGUCGAUCCGAGAGAUGAAGAUCUUCGAUUCAGAGUUUUGAAAACGAUCGAUCGGAUUAGAGACGAAAUCGUUCCGGAUUAUACCGAGUUGUCAGAGAUUUUCUCGAGGAUUGAUCUUCGAGAUUCUUCGAGUUGCAGAGAGGAAAUCGAGAAUCUGGAAGACGAAGUACAGAAUCAAACGGAUGAGAAAUCGAGAUCUGAUGUGAUUGCGUUGAUCGGAUUUGUUCGUUACGCGAAAUGCGUUCUCUACGGCGCAUCGACGCCGGGAUCUGGAUUUCAGCGGAAGGAUUCGAUCUCCGAUUUGGCUUUACCAGCGGAUUUCAGGUGUCCGAUUAGUCUGGAUUUAAUGCACGAUCCUGUAGUCGUGGCGACAGGUCAUACGUACGAUCGUGCGGCCAUUACGCUCUGGAUUGAAUCUGGGCAUAACACGUGUCCCAAGACAGGUCAGACUCUGGCCCACACGGACCUAAUUCCGAACCGGGCUUUGAAAAAUUUGAUAGCGAUGUGGUGCCGUCAGGAGAGAAUUCCGUUUGACGUAACGGAAAGUAACAAGGGGGGUAUUAACGGCGUUACGUUAAACAAAGCGGCUUUGGAAGCAAUGAGAAUGACGGCGUCGUUUCUUGUUAACAAACUCGCAACGCCAUUAGAUUCCGUAAACGACGCGAACGGCGUCGUUUACGAGCUUCGCGUUUUGGCCAAAACAGAUUCCGGCAGCCGUGGAUUCAUCGCGCAAGCCGGAGCUCUGCCGUUGCUUGUACGUCACCUCAUCUCCGACGACCCGACUCUCCAAGUUAACGCCGUCACGACAGUGCUCAACCUCUCUAUUCUUGAAGCGAACAAGUCUCUGAUUAUGGAGACGGACGGCGCGUUGAUUGGAGUGAUUGAGGUGCUCCGGUCCGGCGCCACGUGGGAGGCGAAAGGGAACGCCGCUGCCACAAUCUUCAGCCUAUCCAGUGUCCAUAGUUACCGGCGGAGAUUAGGAAGGAAGACACGUGUCAUAAGGGGAUUGCUCGAUUUGGCCAAAGACGGGCCGAUUAGUUCGAAGAGGGAUGCUCUGGUGACGAUUCUAACAUUAGCCGGUGAUCGAGAGACCGUCGGGAGGUUAAUUGAAGGUGGGGUUAUGGAGACGGUGAGCCAUGUGAUGAACAGUUUACCGGAGGAGGCGGUGACGAUUCUGGAAAUGGUAGUGAGGAAAGGGGGAUUUGUGGCGAUUGCUUCGGCUUUCAAUCUGAUUAAGAAAUUGGGGGCGGUUUUGAGAGAGGGCUCCGAUAGGGCUCGAGAGAGCGCGGCGGCGGCUCUGGUGACAAUGUGCCGGCAAGGUGGGUCCGACAUGGUGACGGAGCUGGCAUCGAUGGCUGGAAUUGAGAGAGUCAUUUGGGAGAUGAUGGGGAGUGGGACGAUGAGGGGACGGCGGAAAGCGGCGUCGCUGUUGAGAAUACUCCGACGAUGGGCGGCGGGUUUGGACAGAAACGGCGGCGUGGGCGGAGGAGACUUAACGAUGGUGAGUUCUUCAAGAAUGGUCGGCGAUUCCACCGCCAUUGUUAGUCCAUCGAGAGGAGCAAUUGUUAAUAGCUAGAAGGAGAAGGUUUCAUCCAAAUUCUUACCCACACGUUUGUUUGUAAAUUAAUGUAUCUUACUUUUAUUUUUAUUUUUUUUAUAAUUUUUUUUUUUAUUUUUUUUACUGUUCGAGAAGAAAAUGAUCAACACGUCAUAGUUGUAA